CCGGGCAGUUCCUCUUCAGAGGGAGUUUGAAGGGACAUGCGUGCCUACUCAUGAUCAUUGAAUUCACCAAAUUCUAUCCAGUUGCUUGUCUGAACACGGAGGGAACGGUCGUCAGCAAUCCGGUGUGGUGUAACUCGCUUUUUGUUCUGCACUAUGCCAACAAAGUUAAUGAGCGUAUCUCAGGAGAACUUCAACUGACAUUUUAAAUCACCGUAAAAAAUAAGCUUUUCCUACUGCGUGCCCAGGAUUUCAUUGCCGUUUCAUUAUAUAUAUAUAACGUUAUUUUAUGCGCAGAUAACUCCAAAUAACGUAAUUCCGGGCUCUCUGAAUAUUUCAACAAGAGGGUAUUAAGGAGAAUGUUUUUACAUCAGCUUUUGCAUGGUAUUCACACAAGAUCGGUAACAUAAAUCUCAUGAUAAAUCCAGACACGUGAAAAUACAGAUUAUUCUGCUACUGGAAUAAUUGUGCCCUGCAAUACGCUAUCGCAAAUCACAAUGGACCUUUUGGGAUUGUACCUGUUUCAGAUCGUAUUUGUUGCCCUUCAGGAGACUCUGUCUGCCGGGACGGACUGCAUGCUGGCGGGGGACUCCUGCUCCAGCGACGAGACGUGCAGCCCGCGCCUGCGCACGCUGCGCCAAUGCGUGGCGGGCAACGGCAGCAUGAAGCUGGGCCCUGGCGCCCGCAGCCAGUGUGCCAACGCCGUGUCGGCCCUGCUCUCCAGCCCGCUGCGCGGCUGCCAGUGCCGGAGGGGCAUGAAGAAGGAGAAGAACUGCCUGAGCAUCUACUGGAGUCUCCACCAGUCCGGCAUUCACGGUCUUAACCUGGUGGAGAAUUAUCCCUACGAGGCCGUGCAGAAGGGUUAUGACUACGUGCGCCUGGCCUCCAUCACUGCAGACUCCGAUGUCGGCAUGGUGGCGGUGAACCGUUGCCUGGACGCGGCCAAGGCGUGCAACGUGGACGACGUGUGCCAGCGGCUGCGCACCGAGUACGUGUCGGCCUGCAUCAAGGCCUCGUCACGCUCGGGCCUCUGCAACAAGCCCAAGUGCCACAAGGCGCUGCGGCGCUUCUUCGACCGCGUGCCCGCCGAGUACACCCACCGGCUGCUCUUCUGCCCGUGCAGCGACACGGCCUGCUCGGAGCGCCGGCGCCAGACCGUGGUGCCCGGCUGCUCCUACGAGGGCGAGGAGAAGCCCAGCUGCCUGACUCAGAUGAGGGUCUGCAACGCUGAUUACGUGUGCAGGUCCCGGUUGGCCCAGUUCCAGCAUGACUGCCUGCCGGAUGAGCAGUCUGUCAGUGGCUGCAAGCAGGGUAGCCAUGCUGCCUGUCUCAUCGCCUACACCGGACUGAUAGGAAGCCCAGUGACUCCCAACUACAUGGACAACUCCACGUCCAGCGUGUCCCCGUGGUGCGCCUGUGCGUCGAGCGGAAAUCAGAAGGAGGAGUGCACACAGUUCCUGGACUUCUUCACCGACAACAUCUGCCUGAGAAAUGCUCUUCUCACUUUCGAGAACGCAGUGGACCUCACACCAACCCCGGGCCAGACAGGACAGCCCAGCCACGUCACCAGCUGGCCAGAUAACGGCACCACUCCUGCGUUGGUUUCCAUGGAGACCGAAGAAAAUGUAAUGAGCCCACUGAUACCCACACAGGCCACGCUGAACGACAGACUCUGGGGCGACUCCACUGGCCCCUCCAGCACUCAGCCCAAGUCCGCCGGCCCUCGCUCCUUUGAGUUCCCCCCGCCCCUCCUCAGCUGGGGCCUCCUCCUCCUCCUCCUGUUCUGCUAUGAUCAAUGAAGGAUGUCAUGGACGCCUGGGACAUUUCCGCACAACGGGCUGGGCUCCGUUAAAAAAAAAACCCUGGAAGGACCUUCUAUGGAAGACAGGCCAGAGGGACACUGGCAAAGUCAUUGUGUUAUAUUUUUGUUCCUGUGGACAAACUGAGCUUUAACCUCCCUUUGGAUUCGGACAUCGACGUCACUACAGAGGGGCACUUUAUAUAAAUGACUAUAUAGAUAGAUAGAAAUGUGAACACAAAUGUGGAGACCAUUCGCAUCAAGGUGUAUAUAUAUAUGUACAGUACAAUGCUGUCACAUAGCCAUGACAAAAGUUUAAUGUAUGUGAAUAUUCCCUGUUUUCAGAAUCAUCAACUGUGUUGGAAUUGCCUUUGGAGACAUCGAAGCCAAAUAGGUUUCUAUUAAGGCCUGUAUAACUAGCCCGGACAGGGGAACAAAAUUCAAUCAAGGAUGGUGUGGCAGAGCUGAUCAUCCCUGCCCAAGGCAUCUCAUGCAUCUCUUAAACUGCUCGGAAAACACCCUUGAGGAAAUGGAGAUUGAAUAGCAUUCAGUUCAACUUGACUGAGGAGGAGCAGGAGGACCAGGAGGAGAGUGUUAUUCUGGAUCAAUAGCAAAUGCUAAAGCCUUUGGGCAGGAGAUAAACAACAUGCGUCUCCAAACUCAUUUCAGCUAGGUGGACACAUGCCAAGGCUCGGAUCAUUCCAAGUGCACUCCUUAGCAAUGGAAAUACCAUACACUAUCCUCGUUCCAGUGACUGGACUGGACUUGCGAAUCGGACCAUUUCAUCUACCUUUUCAAAAGCUACGUCUGGUGUGUUCAUUCUUUCCAGAAAACCUUCAGUACGAAAGGACAUUAACCAACCAGAACUGAACUUGGUUCGCCCUUCAAUCAUCUCCUUUUAAUUGCCAACUUUGCCAUAUGCCAAUGGUGUGAUUUGUUUAAAUGGCUGCGAUUGACGAUGGAUUGACACGGCAGCCAGGACGGUUGGUCCGAGGCCACGCUGGCCCUGAGAGGAUGCGCUGUUCUUGUUUGUCAUGUGUUGUGGCAUCUGCACAGAGAAUGACUGGGGGUUCUCACUCUGCUCAAUUCAUUUCCAUCACUGCCAAUAAAAGCUGUCGGCUCAUUUACUGCUCACUCCAACGUUUUUGAAACAAUAAAAAAAAGAUUGUGUAUGGA